AAAAGACCAAAAAAAAAUUGAAAGAAAGACAGUGCAUUUUCUGCACUUUCAUUCUAGAACUUGAUGCUAUCAAGAACAGCCGGACAGUUAUGAAACCACUCUUGCGGACUACUCUUGAGCCUUUUUCUCUGCUCUAAUUGAGUCCUUAUUUCUUAUUUUUGCUGUUCUUAACCAAAGGAGUGAUGUCGUUUAGAGGGUUGACAACAGAAGUUAGGCCGAUCAAUGUUUUCCUUAUUUAGUCGGACCUGGCGGAGGCAGAAAUCGAAGAGGUGCUGGGGAUCGAUUAUAUUAAACUUGACAUGACAGGCCGAGUAAACUGUGAAGUGGGGUUCUGUUUCUUGUCAAAUUCGCUGUGGCUGGUGAAGAAAAAGGAGGCUGAGAUGCCGGUGGUGGCUUGUCUAGCGAGGACACAGUACAAAAGUAACUUGGAAGAGAUGUUGGAGCUUCAUUGCGGUAUCCAGCUGUACAAGUUCCCAUCUUGGGUCUUGAGUUUAGGGAUCUUGUGUUCUUGGGUUCAUUCGAAAAGCUUGAAAAGCGGUUCCUGGCUUUUACCAGACAAGUGAGGUCGAUGCAUGGUUUGCUUACGAACGGUGAUUUGAACGAAAACUAUAUGGAGUUUGAGUUUGGCAGUUUGGAGCAGCCCAUUAUUACCACGCUGCCUGUUUCUGAACCAGACAGAGUUGCCACAGCAAAGAAAGUGACAACUGCACUUCUGCAGAUUGCAGGUUUCCUGGACCAGUGGCGCAGGAUAGGACUUUCAGGCGCCACAGGGGUUUUUCAGGUGUUGAAAGCUCCCUUGAGUAAAACGGGCAUCUUUUAAAAAUGGCAGAUGGCCAAGAAACUGAUAAGAACAUUGAGGUAUGGAAGAUCAAAAAAUUAAUAAAAACCUUGGAGUCUGCCACAGGUAGCGGUACAAGUAUGAUAUCUUUGGUAAUUCCUCCAAGGGAUCAGAUAUCCCGUGUUUCAAAAAUGCUUGGCGAUGAGUUAGGAACUGCAUCAAACAUUAAGAGCAGGGUUAACCGACAAUCAGUUUUAGGAGCAAUAACUUCUGCACAGCAAAGGCUGAAGCUUUACAGCAAGGUCCCACCUAAUGGUUUAGUGCUUUAUACAGGAACUAUUAUCACAGAAGACGGAAAGGAAAAGAAAGUAACACAUGCUUUCGAACCUUUUAAGCCCAUAAAUUCAUCAUUGUAUCUUUGUGAUAGUAGAUUCCACACAGAGGCCCUGAAUGAACUUCUUGCAUCUGAUGAGAAGUUUGGAUUUAUAGUUAUGGAUGGCAAUGGCACUCUUUUUGGAACCUUGAGUGGUAACACUCGUGAAGUGCUUCACAAGUUCAGUGUAGAUCUGCCUAAGAAGCAUGGAAGAGGAGGACAAUCGGCUUUGCGUUUUGCACGUCUUCGAAUGGAGAAGCGCCACAAUUAUGUUCGGAAAACAGCAGAGCUAGCAACUCAGUUCUACAUCAAUGCUGCCACCAAUCAACCAAAUGUCGCUGGUUUGAUCUUGGCAGGAUCUGCAGAUUUUAAGACUGAAUUAAGCCAAUCUGAUAUGUUUGAUGCCAGGCUUCAGGCAAAGAUACUUAACAUUGUUGAUGUAUCAUAUGGUGGAGAGAAUGGAUUUAAUCAAGCUAUUGGACUAUCUGCUGAAAUUCUAGGAAAUGUCAAGUUUCUUCAAGAAAAGCAUUUGAUAGUGAAAUAUUUUGCAGAAAUAAGCCAGGAUACAGGUAAGUAUGUAUUUGGUAUUGAUGAUACUUUAAAGGCACUGGAAAUGGGAGCUGUUGAAACACUGAUUGUGUGGGAGAGCCUAGAUAUCAACAGAUAUACAGUACAGAAUAGUGUGACUGGUGAUACUCUCAUCAAGUACUUAAACAGAGAGGAAGAGCUUGAUGUAAAAACUUUCAGGGAUCCAAACUCAGGAGCAGAGUUGGAAGUUAAAGACAAAAUGCCCUUGUUGGAGUGGUUUGCUAAUGAAUACAAAAAAUUUGGCUGCAACCUUGAAUUUGUGACUAAUAAAUCACAGGAAGGCUCUCAGUUCUGCAGAGGAUUUGGUGGUAUUGGUGGGAUCCUAAGAUAUCAGCUAGAUUUGCGAACCUUUGAUGAGCAGUCUGAUGAAGAGGAUGUCUAUGAAGAAUCUGAAUGAGAAUUGAUUCAUACUUAUCUUGAGCAUGGCAGCUGGAGCUCAGAAACAUGCAUGGGGUGUUCAACAGUUUUGAAUUCGAGAUUAUGCAAAUUUGUCUUGGCAACUGGUCUUAUACAAGUGCAAGCUGGAAACAAUCUUUGGAAUUAAGGAAUCAGGUCCCUACGGGGAUUCUACAGAUAAUAGGACUGUCUCAAACCAGUAGGCUUAUCAGCGUUGGCUGGGGUUCGCUGGAGAAAAUGGCCUUGGAUUGAAAAUUGAGACCAUCAGCUCUAUGAUAAAUGCAAAAGUAUUGUAUUAGAGUAGCUGUGUUUCACCAAUUUGAACCUGGUACUUGUCAUCUCGUCAUCUCGUCAUCUAUGUCGCAUAUUGAUAUAUGUUGGAGGUUGUGCGUGUUAUUGAACCAGACAUGAAGUCUAGAGAUUAGACUUGGUUAAAAUGUUUCCUAUGAACAGACCAUCUGAUAUACUUUAUGGUAUAAGGAUAUGAUAUUAGUGAAAAUAAGACUCCCUUCUAUCUUCAAGAGAUCUCGGAUACUCUGCUAAUAAUACUGAACCGGUAUUUACAGCAAAUCCAUGUUCCACCUCGAAUGUUUUUUUAAAAUGCAUGCUUUUCUAGA